AUGGAAACAUCUGCACACGAAGUUUUGGUAUUUAAAUGGUUCGAUCGAGGAUACAAUUUUUUUAUUACAGGAGGAGCAGGAUGUGGUAAAAGUUAUAUGUUAAACAAAUUAGCAACAAGUGAACAACUUUAUAAAAAAAUUGAAAUUACAGCUAGUACUGGUACAGCUGCACAUCUUAUCGGUGGCAUGACUCUUCACAGUUUUGCUGGAAUCGGUGUGGGUAGAAAUAAAUGCGAAUUUUAUUUAAAGCAUAUGAAACCAGAGGUAAGAGAAAGAUGGUUAAACACAGACGUUUUAAUUAUUGACGAAAUAUCAAUGAUCAAUGCAAAAACAUUCGAUUUAUUGCAUGAUUUAGCGUGCAAAAUACGAUUCGAAAACGAAGAACUUUUUGGUGGCAUACAAUUGAUUGUCUGCGGAGAUAUGUUACAAUUAAAACCUGUCGAAGGUGAUUAUAUAUUUAAAUCUGAAAUUUGGAAAAAAUACAUGCAACGUUCUGUAGUAUUGACAAAAUGUUUUCGUCAAAAAGAAGAUCCUCUGUUUUUUAAUGCUUUAAAUGAAAUUCGAUUGGGAAAAGUAAGCGAUGCAUCUAUAGAAUAUUUAACAAAAAGACAUUUUACAAAUGAUCAACUCAUUGACAAAAGUUAUCCUAGAUUAUUUUUCUUAAGAGGAAACGUUUUUAAAUAUAACGAAUUCAAAAUGUCUGAGUUAAAAGGUAAAGCUACAUGUUUCAAAGCUAAAGAUAAAAUUUUAGAUAAUAGCAUAACUGUAAAUUCGUUUCAAAUUCCAACCGAAGUGACAGUCAAAUUGGGAGCUGUUGUCAUGUUAUUAAAAAAUAUCAACGUUGAACAAAAAAUGAUAGAAAAAUACUCCCAAGCUCAAAUUAAACAAUGGUUUUUAUUUGAAAACGAUUUAGUUAACUGGGAGCAUUUAGCAAUGGCAUUACAUUUAUCCGAAGAAGAAAAAAAUAAAAUAAGAAACUGUGCUACAUCAAAUGUAUGCGAAAACUGUUUUCACGCAACCAGAACAUUAAAGACUUUAAAUCUUUAUUUUGAAAAAAAUAAUAGAGACAUAUUUAUGGAUAUUUUUUGGUUUGUUCAUUGUUUAGAAAAAAAAGAAAUUGUUUAA